AUUUCCCUUAGUUAUCUUUAGUCCGUCGCGUCGCUCGCAUCGAGUUCAUGAGGCGAUCAUCAGGCCUACGCAGCGGAAGCCGCCACUGAGUGUUAUUCCUACAGAAAAUACAGAAAAUAAGGCAGAGAAAAACGCGCCAAAAAUAAGAGCAGAACUUUACCUCUAAAAAAAACCAACACACACACGCAACACUCGGACACAUCUUUGGCUGCAACACAAGACACGCCGCAUCGAUACUUCUCUGGAGUCUUCUUGCGAUCUUUCCAGGAAAUGGCCACACAGCAGACCAAGUCCCAGGACGAGCUGGCCGCCAGUGCGCUGGUGUCCAAGCAACCGGACAACAUUAAGGAAGAGAAUGAAGAUGGCGAGGAGGAGAUCGACGAGGCUGCCGUGGUAGUGCCCCCGGACAGCGGCUGGGCCUGGGUGGUGAUGGUGGCCUCCUUCCUCUGCUGCACGGUGAUCGAUGGCAUAGUCUUCUGCUCGUCGCUCAUCCAGGAGCAGCUGAUGGCCGAGUUCAAUGUGAGCAAGGGCUAUGUGGCGUUCGUCUCGUCGCUGCUCAGUGGUUGCUACCUGAUGGCCGGUCCCUUCGUGAGCGCCAUGGCGAAUCGCUUCGGCUUCCGGGCGGUGACCAUUACGGGAGCCGUGUUCGCGGCCAUCUGCUUCGGGCUGUCAUACUUCGCCACCAGCGUGGAGUACCUGUUCCUAAUCUAUGGCGUCCUGGGCGGCAUUGGCUUCUGCAUGGUCUACAUCCCGGCGGUGGUGAUCAUCGGCUUCUACUUUGAGAAGUGGCGUGCCCUGGCCACCGGCGUGGCCAUGUGCGGCUCCGGCGUCGGCACCUUUGUGUUUGCCCCCGUGACCAACGCCCUGCUGAAGAUAGGCUGGCGCGAGACCCUGGCCAUUCAGGGAGUCAUCGUCCUGUCCUGCGCCGUCUUCGGCCUGGCCUUCCGUCCCAUCCAGCCCAUCACACUGUCGGUGACCAACGAGGCGGGCGCAGACGAAAAGGAGAAGAGCAAGCUGAAUGGCCACGGCAACACGGUGGCCCCCACGCCUCAGCUCCAUCAGGCGGCCUUCACCAAGCCCCUGCCCGAGGGACGCUUCGCCUACUCGAUGCCCAACUCCGCCCACAACACGUACAUGGGUGCCUCGCAGCGCCACCACUACCCCACCGCCCAGGAGAUCUUCAAGGGCAUGAACCUGGAGCGCCGGCCCUCGGGCACCGCGGCGCAGAGCAGCAAGGGCACCGAGCUGAAGCAGCUGAGGAAGUCGCAGCCCACAACGCCCAACGGGGAUCCCCAGCAGCUGACCUUCAACCUGCACAAGGAGCUGACGACCGUCGGCGAGAACGAGGAGGAGGCGGAGAACGAUAACCUGUUGGAGACGGAGGCCAAGCCGGUGACCAUCCAGGCGCGCAGGCACACAGUGUCCGGCCGCCGGCCCCAGGACAUUGGCAAGCGAUCCGCAGCAGCCGCCCACGAUGCCCACCACGGCCAGUCGCAGUCGUCCUCGCGGCCCAUGUACCGUGACGAUAUCUUCUUCACCGGAUCGCUGACCAGGAUUCCCCAGUACCAGUCGCAGACCUCCCUGGCCUACCACAUGUCCGUGACCCGUCUGCCCACCAAACAGGACAUGCUGGAGGAUCGCCAGAAGGGCUGCCGCAUCUGCCCGGAGGCAGUGCGUCGCACCCUGUCCACCAUGCUGGACACCGAGCUGCUCAAGUCGCCCGCCUUCAUGUGCCUGGCCUUCAGCGGCUUCCUGACGAUGAUGGGUUUCUUUGUGCCCUUCUCCUUCCUGGUGGAACGCGCCGUGGCCGGCGGUAUGGACAAGGAAUCGGCCCUCGGGGUGCUCGGUGGCAUUGGACUGGUGAAUACCGUGGCUAGGAUCGUGUGUGGAUCGAUUAGCUCGUUCCCCAGCGUCAAGCCGCUCUGGCUGAACAACUUUGCCCUGACCGCCGGCGGCAUCGCUACCAUCUUCAGCGGCGUCGUGAUCAACUCGGCCUCCCAGUGGACCUUUGCCUUGUUCUUUGGCGUCUGCAUUGCCUGCUUCUCGGCGCUGCGCUCGCUGAUCGCCGUGGAGCUGAUCGGUCUGGAGAAGCUGACAAACGCCUACGGAUUCCUGAUGCUCUUCCAGGGCCUGGCAGCCACGGUGGGCACGCCCAUAGCAGGAAGCCUUUACGAGACGACCAAGAGCUACGACAUGGCCUUCUACUUUGCUGGCGGCCUCAUCCUGCUGUCGGCCUUCCUCUGCUACCCCCUGACCUGCGUCAGCCGGUGGGAGCAGCGUCGCAACGAGAAGAACACCCCCCUGCCGGCCGCCUAGGAGAGGCAGAGAACCCCUGCCAGACAGCCUGAACACCUUGUCAACUAUAUCCGGUGGUGCGUCCUUGGCCCCGAGGAGCGGAAGCUAGCUAGCGAGAGCGCGGAAGCCUGUUCCGGAGUACUUGAUACGUUAAGAUUAGACGUAAGCGUAAUGUUGUGCCUUCGGAGGGAGAGAGGAGUGUACAUUGAUGUUUCUAUAAGCUUUAAGGAGCAGCUAGGCUUAGGUUAACCGAACACAUUAUUAAUACUAUUACUUUGUAGCCCGUAAGCAGCUCCUGUGCACAUGGCUAUGGCUGGGCCAAAAGUCGACUGCCAAGAAUCGUUUUGUUGAGUUGUUUAUCACGAGAAGGGAGGAGGAGAUAGCGGCAGGAGUUGAGCGCAUUUGUUUACCUUUGUAAGACACUUCGUUACAUAGCUUAGAUAGAUUUAUCAAUCGAUCGAUCGGGUCAGUGCCCCCGCCCGACGCAAAGAAAAGCAAACAAACAAUCAGCCAGGCGAUGGAGGCAUCUAUCUGGUUUCUAUAUAUAGUAUAUAUAUUGUACGAUACAACAGAGACCGCCACAUACUCAACAACACAAUUAUUACACUGCAAGAGAACGAUUUGUUUUACAUUUACAACCAAUGAUGACAUCACUUCAUCCCACAAUAAAGACGAUUUCCGAUUAAUACAAACUAAA